GCAGUCUAGCCUCAGUUGGGUAUUGUUCCAUGUGGCCUCGGUGGGUGGACGGACGGACGGUCCACCGUGCUGCCUGUUGUUCAGCCAAUCCGCCAAUGAGAGCCCGUCUGCCGCUCAGUCCCAAUCCAAUGAGAGCGACGGGGUCUGGACUCGGAUCGAGAGUUGGGUUGUUCAAUCUGUGAGGACAACAACCAGCUCUGAGUGUACCAACCGGAUGGAUGUUGGCGAUGAGAGUUCCUGUUGAUGCUGAUGGUGGCAGCAGACAUGGAUGACCUUGCUGGACUUUGGAUUUGAGUUCACUUCAGAUGGUGUGAUGUACUAUCCAAAACCUGAUAAAGCAAACUACUUUUGCAAAUGAGUUCCUGCUUGGUUACAGGACGCGUGUCCUAUCACUGAGGCCACAUGUGUAUCUGGAGAGAUGGAUCGUUGUAAGCACGUGGGACGCCUUCGUCUGGGCCAGGACCAUUCUAUCCUCAAUCCACAAAAAUGGCACUGUGUCGACUGCAGAACGACCGAUUCAGUGUGGGCCUGCCUCAAGUGUUCCCACGUGGCCUGUGGACGUUUCAUGGAGGAGCACUCACUCAAACACUUUCAGGAGUCUCAACACCCUCUGGCUAUGGAGGUGCGUGAGCUGGAUGUCUUCUGUUUUGCCUGUGGAGACUAUGUUCUCAAUGACAAUGCUGAGGGUGACCUCAAACUCCUCAGAGGAGCGCUCUCUACUGUUCGCAGCCCAGGUAGACGCUCACUCCGCUCCUCCACUGGGGGGGACUGCACCCCCUGGGUUGGAGACAGUGGGCCACAGCCCGCCAUGCAGCUGGCUCUGCGUCACAGGAGGAAAGCACUUCUCGGGAAGAUGUUUCAGGUGUGGUUCAGCAAACACCAGGAACUGCAGGACAAACGUAAAGAGAAACUUGAGGAAGCUAGAAGACAAAAGAAAGAGGUAAAAAGGAGACUCAUGGAAGAGCUUGGUAAUGUCCCACCCAGAAAGAGUGCUAGGCUUCUCACUCAGGCGCCACGUUCAACCAUCACACUCAUUCCUCGCAAAUUUCGCGACCCUCCAGAACGCCUACCUCCACACCCUCCUCCCAAGAAGCCUUCCCUCUUAACCCUGACCCGUAAGAGUCCUCAGAAUGGCAGAGCUGCUAAACUGAGGAGAUACUACUCCACACACACGGUAACCCGCCGGAGACUGGCUCCAGGUGUCACUGGUCUGCGCAACUUGGGAAACACAUGCUACAUGAACUCAAUAUUGCAAGUGCUGAGCCACCUGCAGAAAUUCAGGGAGUGUUUUCUCACUUUGGACCUGUGUGAGACUGAGGAGCUGCUGGCCAAGACCAAUCACUCCCCAGGGAUGAAAGGUGUGACAGGAGGUGUAGUCAGCAGUGGUAACACAUCACUGGCAGGAUGCCCUCUUGGACGUAUAGGGAGGGCGGGCAGUUGGAACUUGCCCUUGGGCAAAAAAGAAAGUGUCCCACCUCCCCCACAGGCUGCAGAGUUGGUCCAGCCCAAGGAGUCCCGCUGCUCCACCCGCCAGCAGAUGUCUCUGUGCCAUGAAUUACACACACUUUUCAGGGUAAUGUGGUCAGGCCGGUGGUCUUUAGUGUCCCCUUUUGCCAUGCUGCACUCCGUGUGGAACCUCAUCCCAGCCUUUAGGGGCUAUGACCAGCAGGACGCUCAGGAGUUCUUGUGUGAGCUCCUGGACAAGGUGCAGCAAGAGCUGGACACAGAGGGGUCCAAACGCAGGAUAGUUAUCCCGAUCACAAAGAGGAAGCUAUCCAAGAAAGUGCUAAAGGUUCUUAACACCAUUUUUCAUGGGCAGCUACUCAGCCAGGUUACAUGUCUGUCCUGUAAGCACAAGUCUAACACAGUCGAGCCAUUCUGGGAUUUGUCUUUGGAGUUUCCAGAGCGAUACCACAGUAUAGACAAAAGCUCAGGCUCCACAGCGUACCAACGCAGCUGCACCCUCACCGAGAUGCUGUCCAAGUUUACCGAGAUGGAGGCUCUUGAAGGCUGCAUCUAUGCCUGCAACAGCUGCAACAAGAGAAGACGGAAAUCAUCCCACAAACCCUUAGUUCUGUCAGAGGCACGUAAGCAGCUUCUGAUCUACCGUUUACCUCAGGUUCUACGGCUGCACCUCAAACGCUUCAGAUGGUCAGGGCGGAACCAUAGGGAGAAAAUCGGCGUCCAUGUGGCCUUUGACCAAGUUCUGAACAUCAAACCAUACUGCUGCACAGGCUCAGGUCACUCUGUCCACAGAGGAGGCUACACCUACGAUCUAUCUGCUGUAGUUAUGCAUCACGGUAAAGGCUUCGGCUCAGGGCACUACACUGCAUACUGCUACAAUACAGAAGGAGGUUUCUGGGUCCACUGUAACGACUCUGAGAUGAAGGUUUGCAGUGUGGAGGAGGUGUGCAACACUCAGGCCUAUAUUCUCUUUUACACCCAGAGGUCUGCCUAGAUACCUCUCGCUGUGAUGUCGACCUGUACGCAGCAGCCGAUGGCUGCAUUUAUGAAAAUGUUCUCUUGAUGUUUUCCCAGAUGUCAUAGAAACAAUCACUUUAAAUCCACUUCCUAAAAAAGACUGAAACGAGGGCAGUAGGACAGCCUCAUUUAUGAGGCAAGGUGAAAGUUUUAGCAGAGUAUUUCAGAUGAGAAAGAGGAUAGUAUACAUGCUGUAUUGUUGCCAAGGAAAUACUAUUGGUGAUCUGAAUUAAAAUGUUCUGAUUGACA